AUGGGUGCCUCACGAUCAGCAUCUAGAUCUAACUUCGAGUUUUCUCCAGGCUCACUUCCUCAAAAUAACAGGCCUGAUGGCUCUUUAUCUCUUUUUCAACCAUCUCCAACCGGAUCGAAUACUUCGCCUCAACAAGGGCUUCACCUACAGCAUCUUCAUCUUGAGGAUCCCUCUGAUGGAAGCACAACAAUUGAUGAAGUUUCUUCAAACUACACGCUAGCUCCGACUCACCAGAGCUCCAUGUAUGCAGAUCUGCACAACUCUACUCCCAGCCCCAGUGCCAGAGCGAAGCUUGUCCCUAAGUCUCCAAGGCGCGAGGUCAGAAGCCUUUUCGUUGCCUCCGCGUCAACAAGGACCCCUGACAAACUUUCUGUGGUAAAUAACCAAGACAUUGGAUCUGUUUCUUCCGCCUUACCUGGUACCGAAAUACCUCGGAUGCCUGAAUCGCGGACAGAAAACAGUGAGAAUGAAGACGAGAGCAACAUGCCUCAACUUGACGAGGACACAUACAGCGUGCGCCAAGAGUCACUGCCUCCAGCUCCAGUAUACAAUCUUGGACUUCAAAAUGGGCUGGGAGCUGUGAAAAAAGCGCUCGCCGGGCUUGCAAACACAAUGUGCCUUUCAGAACUCGUAAACGAUUCGACCACUAGUUUUUACAAGCUUCAAGAAGAAAUACGACAGUUGAGCGAUUUUAAAUAUCCAGAAACGCGUACUGUGGGGUUUAUCGGGGACUCUGGUGCUGGAAAAAGCUCUGUCAUCAACUCGCUGCUCGAUCAGCCAAACCUAGCACGCUCGAGUAGAGAUGGCGCAGCUUGUACAUGCGUGGUGACAGAAUUUCGAAAUAUUGAUGAUGCCCACCCUCGGCCGUUCACGGUCGAAGCAGACUUCAUGAGCCCAGAAGAAAGGACAGAGCUUCUUCAAGAGCUUCUAAGAAGCUUUCGUCACUUCUUUUGCCCCUCGGAGUUUCAGCAGAUUACAUCUUCUGCGGACAGGGAAUCUCUCAGGCAAGCAGCCACCCGAGCGCAGGAAACGCUAGAAUAUUUGUUUCAGAACCAGCCCGAAUAUAGUCACGAAGCCUUCUGUAGUGAGGAAGAUGGCGCUUAUGAUGCGCUUCUUGGUCAGCUGGAGCAGUGGUCAAGCGCCGAACUCUCUCGAAAGCCUGAUGGCUUGCACACUUUCAAAUAUACCGUGACUGCCGAUGAUCUUCUAAGCUGCAAGGAUCAGCUGAACUUUCUGACAGCCAACUCCCAUGAUAAUGGCCAGCCUGUCUUGUGGCCGUUCAUCAAAUUGAUCACAGUCUAUCUGGACUCGGUCAUCUUGCGGACAGGCUUGGUAGUGGCGGAUAUGCCAGGUUUCGGAGAUCUUAAUUACGCUAGGGUGCGAGCUACAGAGAAAUAUUUACUACACAACUGCAGUGAAGUUUUCAUCGUCACCGACAUUGCCCGAUGUUGUUCAGAUCAAUCCAUCGACGAUAUUCAGACCCGGUGUGAGGGAAAGACACAACAUAUUGACGUUUCGCCUGAAGAAUCUGCUGAGAAUAGAGACGGAGAUGCUCGACGUGUGCGUGAAAUGAAUGAGGAAAUCAAGAAAGUUACAGACCAACUCGGUAAGGCUCGUAAGAAUGUUCGGAUAGCCAGCGCAGAUCGAAAGCGAGAUUUCGCGAUGGAGCAACAUCGCCUCACCAAUACACUCUACUCAGAACAUCGCGAUGAUUCACAAGGCCAAGCAGAGGCAUAUAUCCGCCUCAGUGGGAUUCGUGGGCUACGCCGGCAUUGUCAAUUGGUCCCUGCAGAGGCUCAGAUGCGUGCUGUAUCAGCGUAUAUUAAGGACCAAGUUCCAGCUCUGCUAGGAUCCCUUCGUCAGUGGACAUUGGCCGGUGCUGAUUCCGUCACGGCUGAGAGAGCAGCUAUUCUUCGGAGGGUUUUGGAAGAGGCAGAAAAAGGUCUUCGUCGGGAUCUUGUUUCUCGACAGUCACAUAUUGCUCAGACACAGACUGGCUUGACCAGAUUAUUCAGGGUGUCUAUUUUGGAACUAAUUCAGAAUUCUCAGAAUGAGUGGACAGAUCAAUGUGUGGAAGUGAGCCAACGAUGGGCAUCUUGGCAUCAUACGACCUAUGCUGCCUUCUGUCGCAAAAACGGGACUCAUUCUACCAAAGGAGCAGGAGGAUAUCAUUGUUGGAACGAUGAACUAGUUGAGCACGCACGCGAUCAACUAAGUCCUAGAUGGGAUUCAAUACGAACUUGGCUGGUAUCGCAGAAUGAUGCAUUAGAGACAGCAAUCGCUGGAAGUUUUGAAUCCCUUCGCAUUUUAUUUCAAAGAAAUGAGUUAUAUGCUCCUCACUCGAUAGGAAACCUUCUUGCGAGCAUGGAGCCCAGACAGCGGUUUAUCGUACACCAAAUCCAGAACUCCAUCAACCAAGUUAUUCACAACACAGACAUAAUUACGCGAGACAUGCUUCAAGGUCACGACAGUUCGUUCAUGGCGACCCUCAUGCGUCCUGCUUAUGUGUCCUGCGCCAGCGAAGGAGGGUCAGGUAGUGAUUCCAGGCGCAAAGAGAUCAUUCGCAACCAUCUAAUGCACUCACGUAUAUUCGCCGAUUACCACAACCGCACUCGAGCAGAGUACUCUGAAAACAUUCAGGGACUGUUUGAUGUUUUACAAGAGAAGAUUACUGAACAGGUAAACAACAUCGCGAGAGAUUUUCAAGCCAUGAUUGCAGGAGAAGGCGAAGUGCCAGAGGCUGAACAAGCCCCAGCAAUGGCAGCACAACUCAAGUCAAAUGUUGAAAGUGCCGAAGAGAUUCUCAAGAAAGCCCAAGUUGUUUUGCAGCAGGUUUCACAUCGGCACUAA